AGGAAGCGCCCACAACCCUUGCCAAGCCCGUCUUCUUAAGCAAUGAAUAGAAUAAUACUUUUAACAUGACGGGUCAAAACUCCAAAAGCUGACCUAUUCAUCCCCUCAACCUCCUCUAUAUAAGCUCCACGGCCGCAUAUAAACUCUCCACAGAGGGCUCAAGCCUCUACAGAACUUGAUUUCUCCUUCUUACUGAGCUUCUUCUCUUUUCGAGAAACCCAUCCUCCUCCCUUCUGCAACUACACCCCCAAAAGUUUAAGGUUCCACCGAGAGAAAAUGGCAACCUGCGUCGAGCGCUCCAAGGCCAGAACGGCGAGGUUCAACGUGGACCCGUCCCUCUUUGCUAACCCGGCCACCAUUUACAACUUUGUCGAGUACUCGAGGGCUUUCGGCUGUACCAACAGCGGGGAGAGGGAUGACCUCUGGCUGAAGAUGAAGGAGGAGGCCAGGAGGGAUGUGGAGCAAGAGCCCGUCUUGGGCAGUUACUAUGUAUCUGCCAUCCUCGCCCAUGACUCCCUCGAAAGCGCGCUGGCCACCCAUCUGGGCUACCGGCUCGCCACCACCUCCCUGCCAGGUCCCAGCCUCGCCGCCGUCUUCCUGGCGGUGUUCCUCGAGGACCGCUCGAUCGGCGUCAAGGUUCGAGAGGACCUGAAGGCGAUCAAAGAAAGGGACCCAGCGUGUGUGAGCUACGUGCAGAUCAUGCUCAACUUCAAAGGGUUCCUGGCAAUUCAGUCCCACCGGGCGGCUCACCGGCUCUGGACCUUGGGCAGGGUGCCCCUGGCCCUCGUCAUCCAGAACAGGGUGUCUGAGGUCUUUACCGUGGAUAUACAUCCCGGAGCCCAGGUCGGGAAGGGGGUGCUGCUGGACCAUGCUACCGGCACUGUGAUCGGCGAGACCGCCGUCAUCGGCGACAAUGUGUCGAUCUUGCACAACGUAACGCUAGGGGGCACCGGCAAGGUGGACGGAGACCGGCAUCCGAAAAUUGGGGACGGCGUCCUGGUGGGUGCUGGAACGCAUGUGUUGGGAAACAUCAAGAUUGGUUCGGGGGCUAAGAUUGGGGCCGGCUCAAUCGUGCUCAAGGAAGUGCCGGAGAGGACAACUGCUGUUGGUAAUCCGGCGAGGCUGCUGUGCGGGAGGGACAAGCCGAUCAAGCUGACCAACGUGCCAAGCUUCACCAUGGACCAUACUUCCUUCGUGUCCCAGUGGUCUGACUAUGUCAUCUAGUCAUCAUCUGCUUUCCUUUUCGUUGUGGACUUCUUGUUUUCCCUGUUUGAAAGCUUCUGUACAUAAAAGAGUGGGCCUGGUGGCAGUAAAUGUACCUUGUUUUCAGCAACUCGCUGAAAACCUUCAUAAA